AUGCAACCUUCUCAGGCUGCUCAGCUGUAUCCUACUUCAAAUUAUGUUGCUAGUACAAGCAAUAUGAGAAUGCCACAAGAUUAUUCUUUGAGCAUGACUUCUACAAAUAAUCACAUCUAUACAUCUUCUUUGAUAACCCAAUCAAAUACUACUACUGUAUGUGGUAUUGGACGAGCCAUUCCAGCUUACUGGAUGUCAGUAUCGUUAAAGCCAAACAGAAGUUCAGUCCCUGGAGAGCCUAUAUUUUCAUUUGGUCCUGAUGGUCGAGGUGAAGGCCAAGUUUCUAGACCGUGGGGAUUUUGUAUAGACCGCAUUCAAAUUUUCAGUCACGGUGGGGACUUUCGAACUAUGUUUGGUUCCAAAGGACCUGGCCCUGGUGAAUUUAAUUUACCAGCUGGCAUCACUACUGACGUUCUUGAUAGAAUCAUUGUAGCAGAUAAAGCCAACCAUAGAGUACAAAUAUUUUCAAUGUAUGGAAACUUUAUCCUCGAAUUCGGGUCGUUCGGAAAAAGAAAUGGACGGUUCCGGUAUCCAUGGGAUGGAGCUGUCAAUACCAUAGGGAACAUCGUUGUGACUGACACACUGAAUCACCAUAUCCAAUUAUUUACAAGCGAGGGCAAAGAGCUCACCCAACAGCAAUGGCGUGAAGAUUACGGCCUUGGUGAGUUAGAUCGUCCAUCGGGCAUUGUGACCGACGACGAAGGUCAUAUAAUCGUAGCAGAUUCAAAGAAGCAUCGUUUACUCGUGUUUACUUCUGACCUCCGUUUACUGGCCACUAAGUAUUUAAAGAGUCCAGACCUUGACCACAAUGACCGACCAAGUGACGUAGCUCUAACACCAGAGGGAUAUUUGGUGGUAUUGUUUGAAUCGCGACCAAUUAGCGACACUUCUUUGGUUGGCAAACAUUUCAUCAAAGUAUGUUGA